AUGAUAUCAAAAAGAGGCAUUAGUGGGAUGGAAGUCCCUAAAAAAAGGACUGGCCUCGUGUUUAGAGAGACUGCUAAUACCAGAGAUGAUCAAAAUCGCAGCCGAGCGGGUUGCAGUAGUGCAGCUAACCCUCCUGCUCAACAAAAAUCGUCUGAAAAAGUUAAAACUUUAAGGCCAUCAACGCAGUCAUCUUCAAGUGGCAAGGAGGUAGUUGGUAGUUCUCGUAGAACACCUGCUAGCCCAGCUAAACCAGUUAAAGAGCCUCGGAGAACAUUAUCUUCAAGUGGCCGUCCAGCUGAAGAGAAAGGUAGAGAGUCUAGUAAUGUGGUUAGGGCGGAAGUAGGAAAAUCUGGUGCAGUAUCAAAUUUAAGAUCUCAAAGGAAUUUUAAUCAAAGACCUGGAUUGCGUCAACGAGAAACUGAAAGCAUUGGUCCGGUGACACAAGCUGUUUCUAGCAAGUAUGGAUUGAGGAACCUCAGAUGCAACACGAUGUCUGAUGCCAUCCCUUCUUCUUGCUCAUCAUCAGAUUCUACCCUUAAUAGAAGGAAGACUACUGUGCUAAAAUUGAGAAGCUCUGAAGGGGAAAGUAGCUCCACUCUUAAAGGGAAGAAGAUGACUGGUUCUUCAUUGGAAAGAUUAAAUUCUGGCUCCAGAAAUGGAAGUUCUAGUUCUGAUACAAGAGGAUCUAGAAAUAUUCCUCCUCUGAGGGACAAUAGCAGAGCAUUCGUUAGAACUGAAAGAACUGUUAAUGGUUAUGCGAGGGGAAGAUUUUCUAACCAAGGAAAUGAAAACUCCAAAGAAAACAAUGGGGACAACAGCAGAACAUCGGUUAGAACUGAAACAAAGAUUAGUGGUUAUGCGAGGGGAAGAUUUUCUAACCAAGGAAAUGAAAACUCCAAAGAAAACAAUGGGGACAACAGCAGAACAUCGGUUAGAACUGAAACAAAGAUUAGUGGUUAUGCGAGGGGAAGAUUUUCUAAACAAGCAAAUGAAAACUCCAAAGAAAACAAUGGGGACAACAGCAGAACAUCCGUUAGAACUGAAACAAAGAUUAGUGGUUAUGCGAGGGGAAGAUUUUCUAAACAAGCAAAUGAAAACUCCAAAGAAAACAAUGGGGACAACAGCAGAACAUCGGUUAGAACUGAAACAAAGAUUAGUGGUUAUGCGAGGGGAAGAUUUUCUAAACAAGCAAAUGAAAACUCCAAAGAAAACAAUGGGGACAACAGCAGAACAUCGGUUAGAACUGAAACAAAGAUAAAUGGUUAUGCGAGGGGAAGAUUUUCUAAACAAGCAAAUGAAAACUCCAAAGAAAACAAUGGGGACAACAGCAGAACAUCGGUUAGAACUGAAACAAAGAUUAGUGGUUAUGCGAGGGGAAGAUUUUCUAAACAAGCAAAUGAAAACUCCAAAGAAAACAAUGGGGACAACAGCAGAACAUCGGUUAGAACUGAAACAAAGAUUAGUGGUUAUGCGAGGGGAAGAUUUUCUAAACAAGCAAAUGAAAAUUCCAAAGAAAACAACGGGUCCCGUGAUGUGUUGCCUAUUUCUCCUCAUUCUAUUGAUCUCAACUCUCCUGUCACAGAGGAAUUUCGUGGUGUUAUGCCUAUGUCUCCUGAAGAAUACGGCACCCCUCAUUCUCUAAUAAUUCAGGAUGGCUCCCGCUACAAUAUGGAUGGUAUUUCAGAGGUAUUAUUGGCACUUGAGAGAAUGGAACAAGAUGAAGAAUUAAGCCAUGAGCAAAUUGAUUUACUAGAGACCAACUCUAUUCUUGAUGGACUUAGCUUCUAUGAUACUCAUAGAGACAUGCGGUUGGAUGUCGAUGACAUGUCAUAUGAGGAACUCUUAGCUCUUGAAGAGAGAAUGGGCACAGUGAGCACUGGUCUGUCUGAGGAAGCACUCUCUGAUAGUCUUAAAAAAAGUGUCUAUGAGUCUACGCUUUCUGAUGAUGCAGCUGACUGUGUUGAUGAGGAUAACGAUGACAUCAAAUGCUGCAUUUGCCAGGAGGAAUAUGUUGUUGGAGAUGAAAUUGGAAGACUGCAAUGCUCGCAUAAAUAUCAUGUUGAUUGUGUACAGGAAUGGUUGAGGCUGAAGAAUUGGUGCCCUAUGUGCAAAGAGUCAGCGACACUGUCCUCCUCCUCCUCCUCGUCAUCAUCAUUAUCAUCUCAUUAG